AUGGCUGGGUAUAAGGCGUUAUUUGAAAGUGUUAUGUCUCAAGAAACGUGUGUAUAUUCGAUAUCAAUAAAAACAGGAUCAAGAAGUGAUGCAGGAACGGACGCUGUGGUAAGCCUUAAACUGUCAAACAUGCAGGAUUCUGCUAUAAACAUUCAGAACUUGGAAAAAUAUGGGAUAAUGGAGGCAGGCCAUGACUACUUUGAAAACAAUAAUUUGGAUUUCUUCAAUUUUCCAGGACCAUGCCUAACUAUUCCAGUUUGUUAUAUCAAACUGAGUCAUGAUAACAGUGGUAACAAGCCUGGCUGGUACAUUAACUAUGUCGAAAUCAACACUGCUGGUGGUUCAAUAACGCCUACAAAAAUACGGUUCGAUGUGAGUCAGUGGCUUUCUGAUGGUGAGCCACCAUAUCAAACAUAUACCAGCAGGGAUUUCUGUGCUGAUAAAGAGAAGCGUAGUGCGGGGAUUGAGUCUGUUGUUGAUGUUGCCAUAUGA